AUGGGCGACGACCUAUCGAGAGGCUCGUUUCCAAUACCUGAAGCCCCGUCAGUACCGGCGACGGGAUUGGGAGAUCCGAGGAUUACCAAUCGAUCUUCAAUGAGAAGGCAUCGAGCCACCAUCGCCUGUAAUCACUGUCGCUUUCGCAAAGCUCAAAAGCCGUCGGCCAGCUCCCAGCUCCUCUUGGCCACACCUCCUCCCAACCUACCGGCAACCAGGCCACCUGAUGGGCCUGCAGCUACAUGGUCUGAGAUAACCCCCGACCUCACUGGCGAUGCCGAAGCCGAUACAUCACGAUCGCCCCGUGCCAUUCAACAUGAUCAUCCCCAGAGCGCGUUGGACGCCGACAAAUCGUGGGACAUGGAUGAGACUAUUGCACCUGACCGGAAUUUCGACUGGUAUCAAGCCGCGACGCAGAGUCUGACAUCCCCAAUAUAUCCCGACGACACGGGCGCGCGGUCGAAAACCCGGCUAGAAUCCCAAGAACAAGACUAUCCACCAUUUGUAAAACCAAUGCCAUCCGACUUGGCUGUCGAGGAUUUGAUCUAUCUGCGCCAGAGGGGUGCAUUGACACUUCCCGAUCCAGAGUUACGCGACGACUUGCUCAAGAACUAUUUUGAACUCGUCCACCAUUUCCUCCCCCUCAUCGACCUAGAUGCGUUUCAAGCCAGCAUCGAAAACCCAGCACGCCAUGGCCAGAUCAGUUUGCUUCUAGUACAAGCUAUCAUGUACUCUGCCACAGCCUGGGCAGACGUAAAGUUAGUACGUCGAGCGGGUUUCCUGACCCGGGAUGCGAUGCGCAGGGCAUACUACCUCAAGACUAAGUUGCUCUAUGACUUUAGCUGCGAGCGAGAUCUCAUCGCUAUCGUACAAUCCCUCCUUCUGCUCACCACCUGGUGGAUUUCACCCACCGAACAGAAGGAUGGGUACUACUGGUGCAGCGUGGCGCUGGCCGUGGCCACAUCGAUUGGUCUCCAUCGAGACGCGCAUAGCGAAGGUCUGCCGGCGCCAGUUCGUAGACUUCGUCGACGUAUCUGGUGGUGCUGUCUAAUUCGCGACGCCUUCACUUCCCUGGGCACCAAUCGAGCGCCGAGAGUUCGACCUGACGACUUCACUGUGGCUCCACUCAAAUUGGAAGAUAUUCAAACUGCUUCAAUCAGCAUCGAGUUAACAAAGAUCUGCAGGAUCCUGAGCACAAUUGUGGAUCUAUUCUACGCGGAAAAUCCAAUCGGUCACAACGGUAUCCUCUAUCCGAAACAGGACGGGACGACAGCCACCGCACGGAGCCCCGGUACUCAGACGAAUUCAGACGAUGGCAAAGAGCUCGAGAUGUGCAAACGAGACCUGCAGAGGUGGCGCGACCAUGUGUCGGAGGAUCUACUGCACCAAUCUCCCGUUCCUAGCAUCACUUCGUCCGCCGAGGAAGCCGUGGUCAUACACAGUGCGAUGCUGACGAUGAUGUAUCUCGUUGCGCAGUUCUGCUUGCACCGUCCUGGCGCCUUGGCCGAUCGCAUAGGUUUAGGGUCAGGCCAUGAUCGGAUGCGGGCUUCUUCGCAAAGAUCGAUGCGUGCCGCGGCGGAGGGCCUCAACAAGAUCGUGAUGGAUUUGUACAGGGCCGACCUAAUGCGCCGCCUACCGGGCAUGAGCAUUUCGUGCAUCCUGACGGUCAGCUGGAGCCAUGUCUUUGAUCUGCAAUCGCCGAGUGAGGAACGUCGUCGAGAAGAAGUCCGGAGGUUCGAAGAAUGCAAACUUGCUCUCCGAGAGCUCGUGGACACCAACGUCGCGGCUGAGUGGGCCAUCGCAUUUUUGACCUUUGCGGCGUCACACGUUAGUCGACUGUUCAAGAGACGACAGGUGCAGGCCCUUCCGCCGGAGAGUGGAUUGUCGACGACCAUGUCGAGUAUGAGCCAAAUACCGCCACGGCUGUCUUAG